GGGUUGGGCAUGGAUCGGGGUGGGGGGGGUGACCAACAGGGCCAGGGGAUGGCUCCUGGGGCUCUCCCAUUCCCUGAGCUCGCUCACUGCACCGUGGGCAAGUUAGUUUACCCAGCAACCCAAGGAAAACAGACAGGUUUAAGCUGGUUCUCCCCAGAAGACUAGGGGAAAGAAGGCGUGUGCAGGUGAGCAGACACCUGCUCGGGCAGCAAGGCACUCCCAGGGCAGUGUCAUUAGGAGGCCACUCUUUCACCCAGCCCCAGGCCCCGCACCCUGAAGAUGGGCGGUGGUGGCUGGGGUGGGGCUUCGGGAAUGCAGUCCCGCCCCCAUACCCCCACCCCGGCGGCCAGCCCGAGGUCAUCGGCCGCCUCUGGAGCAGCUGAGGCCAGACUGGACUCACCUGUCCCAGUGGGGUCCCCACCCCCACCGCCAGCAGGCACCCGGGUGGAGGACGCAUGCUUGGAGGGAUCCCGAGAGUAGGGGAGUGGAAGGGGCUGUCUCUGGUUUCCCAGCACUCCCAGCUCGGAGAUAAGAUUUCCUUUCUUUCAGCAUCAGCCUCAAGCCCCUCCCUCUAGGGAAAGCAGAAACGGGAAUGGAAUUCCAGGGUCUCUAUGAGGUCAAAGGCCCCAUAGUGACCUCCCACGUCUCGACGCAGGGAUCAGGGAUAGUAGGAAGAAGAGCCCGGGGAGAAAAGAGUUGGGGGAGGUUGCCCUUCACACAUGCAAUGAUGUUACUGUCCCAGGAAGGCAGUUUGCUUUUGGAUGUGUUUUUCAGGAGACUGCAGGCAUUGGUGCUGAUGGCUUUUCACCUCCAGCUGGUGCAUGCUUUUGUGAGCUAGGUGGUCCUUAGCAAGGUCACCUGCUUUCCCCCUCGCCUGUCAAAUUGAGUUUAUAUAUAUAUGUAUAUAUAUACAUAUAUAUAUGUUUGUUUGUUUUUUCGUUUUUUGAGUUUAUACUCUUGAGUUACAAAUCUUGGGGACCUGGCCGGCUGGGGUAUGAAGAACUCACCAGUGUUUCUCUACAAAGUGAAGCGGAGCUGCCUUUCCUGUGGCCCAGAGCCUGGGGGUGAAGAGAAGAAAGGGAGAGGGAACCCUAUUUCUGUUCAGUCGUUUCCCCCAGAGCUGGUGGAACAUAUCAUCUCAUUCCUCCCAGUCAGAGACGUAGUCGCCCUAGGCCAGACCUGCCGCUACUUCCACGAAGUGUGCGACGCUGAGGGCGUGUGGAGACGCAUCUGUCGCAGGCUCAGUCCCCGCCUACGAGAGCAGGGUUCUGGGGUCCGGCCCUGGAAGAGAGCGGCCAUCCUUAACUACACUAAGGGACUGUAUUUCCAGGCAUUUGGGGGCCGCCGCCGCUGUCUUAGCAAGAGCGUGGCUCCCCUGCUAGCCCAUGGCUACCGCCGCUUCUUGCCCACCAAGGACCACGUCUUCAUUCUCGACUAUGCCGGGACCCUCUUUUUCUUCAAAAAUGCCCUGGUUUCCUCCACCUUCGGCCAGAUCCAGUGGAAGCGGGCCUGCCGCUAUGUUGUGUUGUGUCGGGGAGCCAAGGAUUUUGCCUCGGACCCAAGAUGUGACACAGUUUACCGCAAAUACCUCUAUGUACUGGCCACCCGGGAGCAGGCAGGUGUGGUGGGCACCACCAGCAGCCGGGCCUGCGACUGCGUUGAGGUCUACCUGCAGUCCAGCGGGCAGCGUGUCUUCAAGAUGACGUUCCAUCACUCCAUGAACUUCAAACAGAUUGUGCUGGUCGGUCAGGAGACCCAGCGGGCUCUACUGCUCCUCACAGAGGAAGGAAAGAUCUACUCUUUGGUGGUGAAUGAAACCCAACUGGACCAGCCCCGCUCCUACACCGUGCAGCUGGCCCUGAGAAAGGUGUCCCGCUGCCUGCCUCACCUGCGUGUGGCCUGCAUGGCUUCCAACCAGAGCAGUACCCUCUACAUCACGGACCAGGGAGGAGUGUAUUUUGAGGUGCAUACCCCAGGGGUGUAUCGUGAUCUGUUUGGGACCCUUCAAGCCUUUGACCCCCUGGACCAGCAGAUGCCGCUUGCUCUCUCACUGCCUGCCAAGAUCCUAUUCUGUGCCCUUGGCUACAACCACCUUGGCCUGGUAGACGAAUUUGGCCGAAUCUUCAUGCAGGGAAAUAACAGAUACGGGCAACUGGGAACAGGGGACAAAAUGGACCGAGGGGAACCCACUCAGGUCCCUUAUCUGCAACGCCCCAUUGCCCUUUGGUGCGGCCUCAACCACUCCCUGGUGCUGAGCCAGGGCCCAGAUUUUGACAAGGAACUGCUGGGCUGUGGCUGUGGGGCUGGAGGCCGGCUCCCCGGCUGGCCUAAGGGGAGUGCAACCUUCGUCAAGCUGCACGUCAAGGUCCCUCGGUGCGUCUGCUCCCUCUGCUCCACCCGAGAGUGCCUCUACAUGCUGUCCAGCCAUGACAUUGAGCACCAGGUCACCUAUCGGGACCUGCCGGCCAGCAGGGUGCUGGGGACCCCCGAGCCCAGCCUAGGGGCUGGAGUACCCCAGGACCCUGGGGGGGCGGCCUGGGCCUGUGAGGAGUACCUCAGCCAGAUCCACAGUUGCCCCACAUUGCAGGACCGCAUGGAGAAGAUGAAGGAGAUCGUGGGCUGGAUGCCCUUGAUGGCCGCACAGAAGGAUUUCUUCUGGGAGGCCCUGGACAUGCUGCAGAGGGCUGCUGGAGGGGUUGGCCUGCCAGACCCCCCCGAGCCCUGAGGGCUGAUCCCCCUCUCUCCUAGCCUGACCCCUGGAAGGACAGUCUGGCCCUGGGCCAGGGGCUAAGGAGAGAUGGAGUGGUAGCAGUGAACAUUAAGUGCGUGUGUGGGAAGGGGGACACAGAGGGGUGGGGACUUCUAGGCAUGGAACUGUUUUGUAAAACGUUCAGGGGGCUGCCCAGGAGGGGCCCCCAACCCAUCAUGGACAAGAAAUCUGAUGGACAAAUAGAAUAAAAGGCUGAAGCAA